AUGGGUGUUCUUUGCCAAACACAUCUAGAACCUGCUCAGAUUGAAAACCUGCAAGCAGAACAUGAGCUGGAUUUUAAUUUCCAAACAAAUGGAGAUCCUGGUCAGGAUGAAACACUACAAAUGGAACAUGAAAUGGGUGUCCCUCACCACAAACAUGGAGAACCUGCUCCGAAACUGAGUGAAAUACUAAAAGCUCUUCUGGAAAAGUACUACUUUCCAAACAGAGAUAAGCAGAAUAUGUAUAAAUUUCCUAUCCAAUACCUGAAGAUAUCUGAGACCUUAGCUGCUAAAUGCUUCAUACCACGUUCACUGAGUUCAAGUUUCAAUGCUGAGAAGCUUGCCACUCUCCAGUCCACAGACGAGACCAGCUCGAGCAAUGCUGAAGCAGUGGCCUGUGCUGCUAAAUCCUUGAAAGAGAUUGCUGAACCUUUUAAUCUGGAAGUUUUAAAGGAUGUGGAAGAGAAAGACCAGAAUGGAGAUACCACAAUCAUCAACUCGUUCCCAAAUCUUUCUGAACAUGCAAGUGAAGUAUCCACCAAGAGAAAAAUGAUGGAGAUUGAUUCAAGCAUUGAGAUAGCACAUGGAAUAGGAAUACAUGAUUCAACAACCAAGGCAGUGAAGAGGAUGUAUACCCCAGACAUUCAGAAGGAAGCAACUGCUAUGAUGAUGGAUACCAGUGCGAAUGCCUUAAGCCACAUAGCCGGUUCAAGCAGUGGAACAGUGGGCUGCAAUCUUUCUGAAGAAACAGGCGGGGCAGUCAUGGUACGGAAUUUCGGAAUUGAAAGCGCUAAGUUGAAGCCAUCUCCAAAUCCCGCCGAGACCACUAUUACAGAAACUGAUAUGAGCAUGUUCCAACUUGCAGAUAUCGAUUCAGUUUACAUAACAGAUCCCGUAAAACAGCAGGCCGAAGAGGUUGAUAUAACCAACUGGAUAGAGACGGAAUUUCCCCCCAUAACGAAGCAAGAAGAUUUGUGGCUUUCUGAUUUCGGAUGGGCAUUUGGGGAACCAUCUUCACAGGGGUCCAAUAGCACGACCAAAGAGGCAACGGAGCCACUGAUCAAGAAAGGCGAAGAGUUGGGUAAUCUCCAGGCCGCUCAGACGAUGCAUGAGGGAAGGAUGGAAGGUUUGGUCAAGGAGGAAAUCGAUCCGGCCUCCAACUUUCAUGCACUGAACGAAUUUGGAGUUAACAAGUCUCUCAAGUUAGUCUCUUGUACUACAUCAGUGGCCACAAUGCACCUCGAGUUUUUGACAAUGGCUCAACUCAGAGCCAUGGCAAAGGCACGCAAGCUCAAAAGAUACUCCAAACUCAACAAAAGAGACUUGAUCAAGCUUCUUGACGAGUCACUUUAGAAAAGGAACAAGUCUGAUAGUGCAAUAUGCUUCCAGUAGCUAUAGAAGUUGCAUGA